UGAACGCGAUCCAACAGCCACUACAAUGUUCAAAUCGAUAGGCAACAUGGGACGUUGAUGAUGGCAUGAAGCAUGGAUCGUUAAGAGAAAUCGUCAAAGGCGAAGUCGUUAACUGUGACUCAGGGCCCUUCUAGUGUCGUUUUACUGAGAGGAGGCGGCGGCACAAGCUGCGCUAUGGAGGGAAUAGGGCCGGAAAGAUCGCCCGGGAUGAUUGCUCCCACUAAAGCAGUCGUUCCCUGAUGACGGUGAUAAGGUUUGUCACAUCUUUAUGAGUAAUUGUAAUAAUGUAAGACUCACGCGUUUAAAGCGUGCAAUUAUUGCUUGAAAAUAAGCCUCUUCAAAACCCGCCGUAGGGACCACGCAACCUUGCUCUGUCAUCACACACCUCUGCACGAGAACCUAUCGUGACCAAGCACUUGGAAGACAAGAACUGUACGAAGCUCGGACCUCGGGUACGUGCCAUUUGCAGCCCACUUGAGUAGCAUUAAAUUUUAAAGAAGCAGGUUAAGUCCCAUCAGGAGAGAUCAAUCGCCGGCUUUGUGACUGUUGUUGCUAAGAGAGGGGUUGCGCAGAGAAGGGAGGAGGGCGUCUCUAGUGUAGACACCAGGCAAGAAGGCAAGCAGUCAGCGGAGCGCAUUUAAAGAUGGAGCUCCACUGCAUCAAUAUAAUAAAGGCGCUGAUCACUCGUCUUCUGUUCGCUGUUCACGGACUAAUCGCCAUAUGGAGGGUAACGGAUGUGUACAAAGCGUCCAUCUAUUGGAUCGGCCUGUCAGGACUAGCGGGGCUCUUCAUCGAGACAUGCUACACCGUCGGCAAGAGGAAGGGCAAGGAAUACAAAUGGUGGUGCCCGAGUUUUUUCUUCUAUCUCUCUGUCAUGGUCCCGGCCAUCUGGUUUCUGGAAUUGCAACGAUUGGACGAACGCAUCCAACUGGAAGUGGACAUACAACUCAAGCUGAUGAACACGACUUCUACCAAGGAAGAGGAGGACAGUGGUGGUCCGAUAAGGAUCGUGGAAGGGCAAAAGUUCUUCACGCGUUUCAAAUGUACAAGGCGCAGGCGGCCACGGAGCACCAAUAUCGUCAUUCCAGAAAUACCCGGACUUCCCAUCAACCUUAACGAGGUUGACAUUCCCCUGGAGCUGAGUUCUGAAGAGUGGGUGCUUGCCGUAGAGCUGGGCAUGCUGUUCCUGCUCAUCUUCGGCCGAUGGGUCAUGCCGCGGGGCGAGGUGACGCGAGACCAACUCUCGCAGCUGCUCUUCGUAUAUCUAGGCAGCGCCGCCGAUAUUCUGGAGUUCUGCGACACCCUGAAGGUGGAUGAGGUGAAGACGAACAAGACUCUCACCAUCGUGAUCUUGGCCGUUUUCUCCUGGAGUCUCAUGCAGUUCACACUGGUCAUGACCGCGACCCGCUCCCGUACCCGCAAGGCAGGGGCCACACCGAAAGGAAAGGGACAGAAAGUCAGAUGUGACUGCGCAAAGUGCUGUGAGUGCACGUGCUUCGACACAGACGUAUGGGCAACGAUCGUGUCCAUAUGCCUACAGGACGGUCCGUUUCUGGCUACUCGUCUUGUGCUAGUGGCGUAUUACCGCGUCAUCAACCACAUGAGCAUCUUCUUCACAUGUAAGAACAUGACGGUGAUGCUGCUGCAACUGUACCGCCUCAUUGUCAUCUACAGUGAAAAGGCAAACGAUGACAAAGAUGAAGACAACAACAAAUCCAACAUCGUUGCGCUGGAAGAAGGCUACUACAGGAAGAAAGACAGCCCGAGUCCUCUGCACAUAAAGCACUCCAAGUCGCCGAGGAACCACCGGAAAGACAUGAGCCCAAACCUCGCCAACUUGUCACCCAACACCGUGUCUGCCAUGAUGGAGUCUGCCCUAAUGGAGGAUAGAAAUGUCUUUAACGACAAGAAGAUAGCCAAAGCCAUGGCCAAGCAACGGGCCAAACAGGAGAAAGCGUUGAUCAAGCAAAGGGCGAAAGAAGAGGCAGCGUUGUCGAAGAAGAAGGCAAAAGAGUCAAAGAGAAGGAGCAAAUCGACCAAAAAGACUUGACCUUGAUUUUUAAACUUGAACUAUGGACUUGAAAACGUGAGGAAACCAUAGUGAACAAGUUUAAACUUUGUUCUAACACAAUUUUGUGUUGGAACAAAGUUUAAACUUUUUUACUAUGGAAUUUACCAACACAGAUGAGCUUUCAUUCGGAUGUGAUGAAACCAGUUAGCGGGUUCACGAGCAGCGCGUAUGAUGUACGUGAGAGCACAGAAACUAUCCGACAUCAGAAUACAGUACUGUCGGUUAACGUUAACAACGAUUAAACAUUAACAAAAAACACCGUCAAUUUAUCCAGAGUGGUAAGACAUCCAUAAUUACAUCCACGUAAAUCCUACGCGUCGUGAAAUACAUUUGGUAAACUUGACGUUUUAGUAGCAAAUAGAUAAAUGAAAGCUUUAAACAUUGAAACUGUUUGCCAGAAAGCCGAAGAAAGUUGUCGUUUGACAAACCAUGAGGGCUUAAAAUGACAAUGUGGACUUCUGGAGUAGUCUGUGAACAUCCCUCAUUAUUGUAGAUCGAUGUUUUGGUCAUACAUUUUUGUGUCUACCUCAAGUGACUGACCGUACUAUGCAGUGUAAACGUUGUACCGUGAGCGUUAUUAAGAUGUGAUGAUUUAUUUGACAUCCCAUACAUGUAGCUUGCAUCUGUUUUGGCUAGCAAGAGACGUUGUAUUUCAAGAUCUAAGAAAUCACAAUCUACACUUCUAACACUGGGCUUCUUAGACAAGCUGCAUUAUGCAGUGCGGCAUCUCUCUAUCUCUCCCUUUUCUCUUUAUUCUUCACUCCCUUUCUCUCUCUGUACCGCCUUUGCCCUAAUCUACUUUCCAUCCUUUUCCUUUGGCCAUAGAAUAGGCUACCAGGGUUACAUUGUAGUCUUCUGAAAAUCAUGAUUAUUGUACAUUGUGUAAAUAUGUUUUCCACGAUUGCUGACUAUACCGAGGAGUGUAUAUGACUUAAAUUAUCUCCCAAUCAAUCAAAUAUAUGUAUGAUACAUGCUCCUUUAAGUGGCCGGUUAACAAUAGCAAUGGUCUUGGUAGCGAUGUUGUAUGCCAGCUUAAAAGAAAACAAAUUAAGUAUAACUUGUAUUGAAGAUUUCUUGUACCGUCAUCGACAUCGAACCACAGUUUACAAAUCUGCCGGCGUGUAAAGAAGUAACACAAAAUCAAGCCAUGCUAUUGCUUAUGUGAUACAUAGAUUAUAUUGUACAUAUUCAUGAUACAUUGUUAUGAUGUUCAACUAUAGUUGAUAUUGGUGAGGAUGGUUAGAUGUGCUGUCAAUGGUGUUGUGUUGUCAUUGUAUUGUUUUAGCGACUGAAUGACUAAGUUGUUUUGUGAACGCUCUACUCGCGAGCGGAAAUGUGUUAUGAAUACAUUAUGUAUGUUACCCGGAAAUCAUACAUAACCAAAGUAUAUUCGUGGACCAGAGAGGCUGUAUAAGACGACAGUAUGUGUGUAACGGUACAAAGAACGAAUGAGACUUUUAACCAGACUUACUCCCAAUGCUUGUGAUAAGUGUCAAUGACGAUGGUAUUUGUAUCACUUAAAAUUAGUAAAGAGAGGACUGUGACAACAACGUCAAGAGUGUGAUCAUCUACAAGCAAAACCUAUAUUUUAGUCUACACAUGUUCUAUAAACUACUGACAAUAAGGCGGAAAGUAGCAUUUAUCAAACAGCAUAGUAAUGUCUCUCUCUCUCUCUUUGAUGCUUUCAAUACGUUUGUUGUCAGGCCGCUGGUUUUGUUCAGAUCAAUGACUAGUGAUAUAAUUGUCACCACGACGUUGGUAGAAGCGGAGAAGUUCUUGUUGUAAAAAUAAGAGAAUGAAAAAGUAAAGAAAAUAGCUUUACGCUUAAAGGCGUAGUUUCGUUUUCAUAAUUCUACGUACUGGACUAUCAAUAGCUGGCUUGGGUGGUACUGUUACAACGGUCAAACGUAUGAAAUUCGGAGAAAUAUGUUAUAUAAAGGUAUCGACAGGAAAAA